GGCUGGUCAGUUCUUCUUGUGUUUGUGGUUGCGUGUGCGCGUCUCGUCGGUGCUUUGGAAACUUUACCAAGAUGCGGAUAAUAAUAUUGUGUGCGUCGUUAGUGGCGGUGAUAGCAGGCGAGGCUGACUGGCAUCCUAUUAUACCGGAUACGCCACUCGCUUAUUCAACUUAUUCAAAGUCACCUGAAAGAUCUUUGGACGCAAGUUCUCAAUUGAAGAUUGUUAAUCGAAGACCGCUCCAACCUAGACCCCCUUCGUUCACACCCAACAAGGCAUCGAAUCUAUAUAACCCAGCCCCUUCACCUGGAUCUGACUCCUGCAGUGUAUACAAAGUAUCUAUGAACCAGGAACUGUUCUACCAGUACGUGGAAUAUGAAACGACACUUCCAGAUCUUAAAGAGUUCACACUCUGUAUGUGGACCAAGUUCCAUAAUCACUCAGAAGACCACCCCCUAUUUUCAUACUCGGUCGGAGACAGUCCAAAGGAAAUUUCGGCAUGGAUAUCAAACACCAAAGAGGCGAGUUACUUCAGUAUGGCUGUGCACGGACAGACAUUUUUCAGACUCAACUAUCCGUUGAAACUUAAUACGUGGUACCACGCUUGCCAAUCGUGGAAUGGAAGAACAGGCGAGUGGCAGAUUUGGGUAAACGGUGAAAGAGUAGGAAGAGGUUUCCAUAAUAGGCUCGUUGGUCAUAUUAUAAAAGGCGGUGGAACUGCAAUCAGCGGUCAAGAACAAUCGCUUUUGUAUAAAAAGGACGAGGCACAGCCAAUCAUAAAACAAUCAGGUCUUAUCGGUGAAAUCACGAUGCUGCAAUUAUACCAUGUCGCUUUGACUGCCGGUAAAGCUCACAGGGACCACAAACAUCAUCACGUGCACCAUUUCAAACAUGACGGUACACCGUUCGAGACUUCUACAGAAGCUGUCACUGAACCACCACCGCCUCCAGCCACUCCUUUGGGCAACGGAAAUUAUUUAAUUGGAGGACAAUUACAGAGACCGGCUAAUCUUAACUUGGCGCGUCCUCAACAACAAAUGAUACCUGUCCAACUUUCUAACGGUCUUCAGCUCCAACAAGAAUACUCUAACGGACAACUCGGGAAUAGAAUUGUCUCGGAACAGUUUCUUAACAGUAUUCAGCCCAUUCAAAGUAAUCAGUUUAAUGGCAAUAUUCAAGGGGCUCACGUACCUCUAGUUGGUUUGUCGGUAUCCCCAGUUGACCAAAGUCAAAGAUAUACUUCUAGACCUUUAGGACCAAGCAAAGGUACUACUGUCGUUUUAUCAGGAUCACUUCUCAAUCCCGCUAAUGUACAAUAUAUAGACGAAACCGCCAAUUCGCACAAUUUGUUCAAAAGAGAUUCUCACAAACGAGACAAAAGAGAUAAUCCCGAAAAGGAAUUGGUUGAAGAAACUAGUACAGGCAAAAAAGACAAGCGAGGCCUUGUAGCAUUAUCCGAUGGAUCUAUUGUCGAUGAAGCUUUGCUCAGUCCAGAUGUACUCGAAGACAAAGAAGACGAGAUAUUGUUCCAACAGUCCCUACUCAAUGGUUUAGCUGGCGUUGUGGGCAAUCUACCAGUACAGAAUUUACAAAGGAAGAAUGUCGAUGAGAGAGAGCCAGCAGAGGCAGAAGUAAAAGCCGUGAUGCAAGUUUGCAGCGGAUGUACCUCUGAACCUUUCAAGAAAGCACUCGUUCUCUCGUGGAGAUCAACCCCGAAGAAACUUUACAGUGGAGCACACUACUAUAAAGGAUUACCCAUUUGUCGCGCAUUCUAAGUACACACUGAAGCUUAAGUUCGAAUUGUGAUGUGGAUAAAAAUUCUCAAAGAGGAUUUCAAGGUACAAAGCCGCCCGACCAUUUAAACAAAUUUCGUCUUCAGUACCGGUCUUGAUCUAUUUUAUUUUGUUGUAGACACCGUUACAAUAAAUACCGUCAACACGUAUUUAAAUUUUAAGCCAUAACUUAACCAAAUUAUGUUACCUUCGAAAGUACCAUUAGUAAUAAAUCUAGCUCAAGAUAAUUACUCCAUGUUAUUGUAUCAUGACGAUAGUUUUAAUUUUAGAUAUAUCUGUACUAUUAACCUAACUUGCUUAGAUUCUUAUAAUUUCCAAUCUAUCCGAUUAUUAUUUUAUAUAUUCUGUUUUGUUAAACCGGCGGAGAAAUAUUUUUGCAUGUACUUAAAACUUGCCAUCGCAAUUUAUUUAUUGUAGUCGUAAGAUAGUCUCGAUAACUACAUUUGUAAUUUGUUUAGUACUAGCUGUAGGAUUCUUACCAACCUGUUACCUUUUUUUUAAAUAUAUUUUUUAAAUAUCA